AUGCCUUCCAUCUCUUCAUUUAUUCAAUACUGCCGCGACAAGUGGACGCAGCCUUUGACCAAGGAUACGCAAGACAAUGACGUCAAGAGACGGGGCCUUUUUAUCUGGACUAACUCGGAAAAGGUCGAGGGAAAUGGAGACGAGAAUGCCUUCCCUCAGGAUGUCCCAGUAGUGCCCCCUGGACCAUCCUACGAUCUGAUGACACGCGCCCCGGAGCCUCCAUCGCUGCCAAUAUAUGAAUCCUUCACCUCAAUGAGAAAUUCGAGCUACUGGAGCCCUAAGAAGUGUGAUGGUGGAUUCAACGGAGCGCAGAGACAGCGUCACCUCGCAGCCGUUGCUCAGUUCCAGGCCGUCAAGCGCGAUGGCAGCUUGGUUCGGGGUAGCGCUGCACCAACCCAAGAGAAGAUUGCAGGCAAGGCACCUGCCUAUGACCGGGCGAUUGAACUGGCAAAGAUGUAUCAGUCUCUCCUGCCGGACUUUCACGCCCUGUUUGAGGGAGAUGAUGAUAGCACCACUGAAAGUGAAAGGAACAGCCACCGAUUGGUUCAAUCGAAGCCUUUGGCCCUGUCGCUUGAUGGGACAGCCCCCAGAGACUGA